AUGGCUUCUUUGAGGAGAGUCAAAGUGCUGCUGGUGUUAAACUUGAUCGCCGUGGCCGGUUUCGUCCUCUUCCUGGCCAAGUGCAGACCCAUCACGGCCAAGAGCGGCGACUCCUUCCAUGACAUCCAUCCUAGGGCAGAAGUGGCCAACUUGACAGCCCACGGCAUCAGCUCCAUCCAGGAUGCAGUGCUGAAGAGACUCUCCCUCCUGGAAGAUAUAGUCUACAGGCAGCUGAAUGGUCUGUCCAAGUCACUUGGUCUCAUUGAAGGCUAUGGUGGACGUGGUAAAGGUGGGCUUCCAGCCACCCUGUCCCCUGAGGAGGAGGAGAAGGCAAAGGGACCACAUGAGAAAUACGGCUACAACUCCUACCUCAGUGAGAAAAUUUCACUGGAUCGUUCCAUACCAGAUUAUCGUCCAACCAAGUGCAAAGAGCUGAAAUACGGCAAGGACCUACCCCAGAUCUCCAUCAUCUUCAUCUUCGUGAACGAAGCGCUCUCCGUGAUCCUGCGAUCGGUGCACAGCGCUGUUAAUCAUACCCCAGCUCACCUCCUGAAGGAGAUCAUCCUCGUGGACGACAACAGCGAUGAAGAGGAACUGAAGGCGCCGCUGGAAGAAUACGUCAAUAAACGAUACCCAGGGCUCGUGAAGGUGGUGCGCAACCAGAAGAGGGAGGGCCUUAUCCGAGCUCGUAUUGAAGGCUGGAAAGCUGCCACUGGCCAGAUCACCGGGUUCUUUGAUGCCCAUGUGGAGUUCACUGCCGGCUGGGCUGAGCCGGUACUUUCACGAAUUCAGGAAAAUCGGAGAAGGGUCAUUCUUCCCUCCAUAGACAACAUCAAGCAGGACAACUUUGAGGUGCAGCGGUACGAGAACUCUGCCCACGGGUACAGCUGGGAGCUGUGGUGCAUGUACAUCAGCCCCCCCAAGGACUGGUGGGAUGCCGGAGACCCCUCGCUGCCCAUCAGGACACCGGCGAUGAUCGGCUGCUCGUUCGUUGUGCACAGAAAGUUCUUUGGUGAGAUUGGGCUUCUGGAUCCCGGGAUGGAUGUGUAUGGAGGGGAGAACAUCGAGCUCGGCAUCAAGGUAUGGCUGUGCGGCGGCAGCAUGGAGGUCCUGCCCUGCUCCAGGGUGGCUCACAUCGAGCGCAAGAAGAAGCCCUACAACAACAACAUCGGUUUCUACACCAAGCGCAACGCUCUGCGGGUGGCCGAGGUGUGGAUGGACGACUACAAAUCGCACGUCUACAUCGCGUGGAACCUGCCGCUGGAGAAUCCGGGUAUUGACAUUGGGGACGUUUCCGAGAGAAAAGCGUUAAGGAAGAGCUUGAAGUGCAAAAAUUUCCAGUGGUACCUGGACCACGUUUAUCCAGAAAUGAGAAGAUACAAUAACACCGUCGCUUACGGAGAGCUUCGAAACAACAAGGCGAAAGAUGUCUGCCUUGACCAGGGCCCGCAGGAGAACCACACAGCAAUAUUGUACCCGUGCCACGGCUGGGGACCGCAGCUUGCACGCUACACCAAGGAGGGCUUCCUGCAUCUUGGUGCCCUCGGGACCACGACUCUUCUACCCGAUACCCGCUGCCUGGUGGAUAACGUGAAAAGCCGCUUCCCUCAGCUCCUCGAUUGCGACAAGGUCAAGAGCAGCCUGCAUAAGCGCUGGAAUUUCAUACAGAAUGGCGCCAUCCUGAACAAGGGAACAGGACGAUGCUUGGAAGUGGAGAACAGGGGAAUGGCCGGAAUAGAUCUGAUUCUUCGCAGCUGCACAGGACAAAGGUGGACAAUUAAAAAUUUCAUCAAGUAAGGGGUGGAAGAGUCAGAGGAGUUUGACUCGAAGCACGGCUGACUUGGACUGAUCCACUGGACUCCUAUGGAAAGGAUGAAAUAUCAAAACAGAGCUUUAUUCAUGUUAUUAGGAGAGGACAUGGGGGAAAUGGGCAUUUGUGUCUUUUUAUUUUUCUGUAUAUUAGUCUCCCACAGCUGAUUCCAACUGUGUGAAAUUGGGUCAGAACUGCUAUUUUCUUCCGGCAAGCACUCUAAAAGGUACCACUUAUUUCUGCUGGAAUGACUGUAAUAAGCUCAUGCAGUCUUGUGAGCGUUUUACUGACAGGGAAUUGUUGCUUUCCCAGACGACUCCAAGCUCUCUCAAAGGGACAGGUAGGUUUGGAC